ACCGGAAGUCGCUCUUUGAUUGCGUAGCGCAGGCUGCCAGCACGGUCUUCCAGAGAGCUACAAUAAAUACUUCGCAAUAUUAGCAGACACGCUUUGAGGACAGAAAUGGGACGGGAGUCGAGGCAUUACCGCAAGCGAUCAUCCUCGAGGGGCCGGUCUGGAAGUCGCUCUAAAAGCCGCUCUCCAGACAAGCGCUCCAAGCGUGAUGACCGUGGAGGAUCUCGCAACCGGGACAGAGACCGUGGCCGCAGGGAGAGGUCCCGCAGCCGGGAACGCAGACGUUCACGGUCUCGAGACAGGAAACGCCCCAGGCGCUCUCGGAGCCGGGAGAGGCGGCGGUCUCGCAGUCGUGAGCGUAGAAGAUCUCGAAGCCGGAGUAGGAGAAGAUCACGGUCUACGACCCCCAGCAAGAGCAAGAAAAGUGACAUCAGAUCAAAGAGUAAAGAAAAGUCUGAUAACCCAGAGCCAUCUUCAGAGAAGAAAAAAAUAAAAGAAGAAAAAGAGGAGGAAAAAGUUGAGGAUCAAGACUUUGAUCAGAACAAGCUGGAGGAAGAGAUGAGGAAGAGGAAGGAGCGUGUGGAGAAGUGGAGGGAGGAGCAGCGGAAAAAGGCUAUGGAGAACAUAGGGGAGCUGAAGAAAGAGCUUGAGGAGAUGAAGCAGGGCAAGAAGUGGAGUCUGGAGGAUGAUGAUGAUGAUGAUGAGGAAGGCCCAGCUGCCCCAGAGCCUGAAGAGGAACAGGAGCCAGCUGUAGAACCUGUACCUGUGAAGGAGGAGGCUGGUGAAGAGCUGGACCCUCUGGAUGCCUACAUGGAGGAGGUGAAGGAGGAGGUGAAGAAGUUCAACAUGGGAACUAUGAAAGGCGGGAAUGACAAGAAGGGAGGCAUGACUGUGACCAAAGUGAUGACUGUGGUCACCACCAAAAAGACGCCAAGCACCACUAAGAAGAAGGGCGAGUUGAUGGAGAAUGAUCAGGAUGCCAUGGAGUAUUCCUCAGAGGAAGAGGAGGUGGACCUGCAGACUGCACUCACAGGCUAUCAAACCAAGCAAAGGAAGGUUCUUGAGCCCGUGGACCAUCAGAAGAUUGAGUAUGAACCCUUCCGCAAGAAUUUCUAUGUUGAGGUGCCCGAGCUGGCCAAGAUGACACAGGAAGAGGUGGAUGUGUACCGGUUGGAGCUGGAGGGAAUCACUGUGAAGGGGAAAGGCUGCCCAAAACCCAUCAAAACUUGGGUGCAGUGUGGUAUCUCCAUGAAGAUCUUAAAUGCGCUUAAAAAGCACAACUACGAGAAGCCUACCCCCAUCCAGGCUCAGGCCAUUCCUGCAAUCAUGUCUGGGCGGGAUCUGAUCGGUAUCGCCAAAACUGGCAGUGGGAAGACCAUUGCUUUCCUCCUGCCUAUGUUCCGUCACAUCUUGGACCAGAGGCCCUUGGAGGAGUCUGAAGGCCCCAUAGCUGUGAUCAUGACCCCCACCAGAGAGCUGGCUCUGCAAAUCACCAAAGAGUGCAAGAAGUUCUCUAAACCCCUGGGGCUGAGGGUCGUCUGUGUGUAUGGAGGCACUGGAAUUAGUGAACAGAUUGCUGAGCUGAAGAGAGGGGCAGAGAUCAUCGUCUGCACACCUGGGCGAAUGAUCGACAUGUUGGGUGCUAACAGUGGUCGAGUAACCAACCUCCGGAGAGUCACAUAUGUGGUUCUAGACGAAGCAGACCGGAUGUUUGACAUGGGGUUUGAGCCACAGGUCAUGCGGAUUGUGGACAACAUCCGGCCGGACCGGCAGACGGUUAUGUUUUCUGCCACAUUCCCACGAGCCAUGGAGGCACUGGCCAGAAGGAUCCUGUCCAAGCCCAUCGAGGUGCAAGUGGGAGGCCGGAGUGUAGUAUGCUCUGAUGUGGAGCAGCAUGUGAUUGUGAUUGACGAAGACAGCAAGUUCCUCAAACUGCUUGAGAUCCUGGGUCACUACCAGGAGAAGGGCUCCGUCAUCAUCUUCGUGGACAAGCAGGAACAUGCAGAUGCACUGCUGAAGGACCUAAUGAAGGCCUCCUACCCCUGCAUGUCCCUUCACGGAGGAAUCGACCAAUAUGACCGAGACAGCAUCAUCAAUGACUUUAAGAAUGGUGCUUGCCGACUGAUGGUAGCCACAUCAGUGGCUGCCCGCGGACUGGACGUCAAGCAGCUCAUCCUGGUGGUCAACUACAGUUGCCCAAACCACUACGAGGAUUACGUUCACAGAGCUGGACGCACCGGCAGAGCUGGGAACAAAGGCUAUGCAUAUACGUUCAUCACAGAGGAGCAGGCCCGCUACGCUGGAGACAUCAUCAAAGCCCUGGAACUCUCUGGGUCCCAAGUGCCCUCGGAGCUGGAGCAGUUGUGGUUGAACUUUAAGGAUCAGCAGAAAGCUGAGGGCAAGACCAUCAAAAGCAGCAGCGGCUUCUCUGGGAAGGGUUUCAAGUUUGAUGAGACAGAGCACGCCUUGGCCAACGAGAGGAAGAAGCUGCAGAAAGCAGCUCUCGGCCUGCAGGAUUCAGAUGAUGAGGACACAGCCCUGGACAUCGAUGAGCAGAUUGAGAGCAUGUUCAAUUCCAAGAAGCGAGUGAAAGACCUGUCUGCUCCGGGUGGUGGCGGUGCUGGUGGAGGGUCAGCAGCAGUGGCUGCAACUACGGCGGCAGCUGCUGCCGGGCUGACGGGCAUUGCCAUGCCAUCUGCCGGCAAUAUUCAGAAGCUAGAGCUUGCCAAGAAGCUGGCCAUCAAAAUCAACGCUCAGAAGAACCUGGGGGCAGAGGCUCAGGACGUGAUGCAACAAGCUACUAAUGCCAUUCUGAGAGGCGGAACUAUCAUGGCCCCAUCCGUAUCCGCCAAGACUAUUGCGGAGCAGCUGGCGGAGAAGAUCAAUGCCAAGCUCAACUACAUCCCGCUGGAGAAAAUGGAGGAGGAGAGGCAGAAUGCAGACCAGACUGAAACCAUAAAGCGAUACGAAGAGGAGCUGGAGAUCAACGACUUCCCACAGACGGCCAGGUGGAAAGUCACAUCGAAGGAGGCGCUCCAGAGGAUUGGGGAGUACUCGGAGGCAGCCAUCACCAUCAGAGGGACAUAUUUCCCUCCUGGAAAGGAACCCAAGGAGGGAGAGCGCAAGAUCUACUUAGCUAUUGAGAGUGCCAAUGAGCUGGCUGUACAGAAAGCCAAAGCAGAGAUCACCAGACUCAUCAAAGAGGAGCUCAUCCGCUUGCAAAACUCCUACCAGCCAGCCAUGAAAGGAAGAUACAAAGUCUUGUAGGACCCUGGGUAUCUGAAGAUAUGGCAAUUGAGGGAAGUUUUUGUCUUGUCACCUGGCUGAAUUCACAGCAUCUUUUAGUAAUGUUUUUUUUUUUUUAUUAUGUAAGACAGUUCUUUACAGUUCAAUAGAGUUUCCUAUAUUUACAUUUUCACCAGUUUGUAUAAGAGAAUGCCCCCUUCACCAGAUUUUCUCCUGCCUUAGUUAAAGCACUGAAUCAGAAGUGUUUUUUAAACUAAGAUGAUGUUGCUGUGUACAAUGUAUUAAUAAUCAGGUCACAAUUGACCAUCACCAACCAAAUGUCUGUAGACAUUCUUUUUACAUUAUUUUCAGUUUGUAACAAGGGUGUUAUCAGGUUUUUUCUUUCAGAAAUACCAUUUGCAUAAUUUGUAGCAGUGACUGUACAAUUUCUGUUCAGAAUUGCCUUGAUUUCUAGAGAACCAUGUCUGAAAAGAUAGUUUACCUAAUUUAACAGAACAUUAUAAAGCUGUUCAAAGCUUACCACGUGAUGUCAACAGCUCCAUCAGUGAUGUUUUAUUGUUGUUUUUGAGUAAUAA